AUGGAACACGAUAAGGAGAAUGCGCCCGUGGCGGCGGAGAUUCAGGCCGAACUCGAAAAUGGGACGCGACCGGAGUUCGACCUCGACGAUACGUCGUUCAUGCUGCCGACGACCAUCGACCGUGCCGGCCUGUCUAGGAUGAUCAACGACCUGCUCGGCCUGGAGAAGCCGGUGGCGUUCGACAUUUUCUUCAGGGACGAGCCUUUGAGGACGACGCUGGCAGAGAAACUGGAGAAGCACAACGUGGAGUCCGAAACCACCAUCAAGCUGGUGUACACGCUGGCCGUAACCGAGCCCGAAGAGGAGGAAGUUGAUAUGCUUGACGACUGGAUAUCCGGCAUCGCAUUCACCGGACACCUAGGCCGAUUCGCCACAUCGUGCUUCGACGGCAACGUGUCGGUGUAUGGCGCUGACGGCAACGAAAAGGUCCACGAGUUCGUCACGCCGGACAAGUCGGCCACCGCGGUGGCCCUGCACAGCUCGAGCGCGCUCGGCGAACACCUGGAAAUCGUUUGUGGUCACAUCAAUGGGCUACUGGAGGUGUAUUGCCUGGAAACUAGGGGCAAAAAAGCCAAUCGCAACCUGGUCGCCACCAGCCACAGCGACCACGACACCAUACAAGCAAUCGCAAUAGAUGAGCACGGGACGCUUAUGGCAGCCGCGGGAGGCAGCGGUAACAUUCUGGUUUAUGAUAAUGUGGGCUGCGUCACCAGCCUGCGCCAUAAACUUUGCAGGGCAAUCGAAGGCGACACCAUCGAACCCGUGAGCACCCUGGUGAAGCACACCAAGACAGUGACGGCGCUGAAGUUCGUGGAGCUUACGGAGCCCGUCCUGAUAUCCGCGUCCAUCGACGGCAGCAUCGCACUGUGGGAUGCCAGAGGGGCAACGGCGCUUGCGACGUACGGCUGCAGCAGGGCGAUAACGUGCUUCGACUUCAACGCGGCGCAUGCGGAAAUUUACACGGGGUACAAUGACGGCACAGUCGCCGUUUGGGAGCUCCGGGGCAAAGGGGACGGCGCGUCUCCCAAGGCGCCCGCAGACGUCACCAACUGCAACCUGACGCUGAGGAUGUCUACGGCCAUGUUCGGCCGGGCGGCUACCGCCAUCAAGGUCAACCCGGAAAAUCCCAACCUUCUGUCUGCCGUUGCGCUCGACGGGACCGCCGUGCUGCUCGACAGGCGCUCCAUAAAGAUUCCCCUGCAGACGGCUUCCUUCGCGAGCCACGGUGAACCUGACAGGUGUACGGGGACCUGCUGGAUCUCCGCGCAGGUGAUGACGUGCACCACCGCAGAGGGUCAGAUACGACAACUCACAUUUAAAGAACUAGCUUAA